CACGGUUCUCCCUCCGCCCUCUCUAUUUGCCCCGCGAGGUGUUCACUCGCUGUUGCAGUCUACGGACCCCUUCGAGCCAAAGAAUGAUGCGCGCGCUCCAGAUGACCUUCUGCGCUUUGGCGCUGCAGCUCGUGUACCACGUUCAUUCCCUUCCGCUACCGGAGAAGAAAAUCAGCCACAGGUACAAAGCAACGGCGACCUGGUCUGAGAAAUCCCAUCACUAUGGCCUCAAGAAGAGAGGCAGAUCGCCACACAUUCAGGACACUCUGAAGGAUGAAUCAGGCUUAAUCAAGGGGAGCCACGGGAAGUCCACUGUCUCCAGAAAUGGCACGGACCUUUGGAAGCGCCCUCGCUGUGGUGUCCCAGACUAUCCCAGCCAGCCCGGGGGCACAGGGUUCGGGCACCUCCCAACAGCAGGAGACCAUGGUGCACGGAACCGACGCAAACGGUUUGUCCUUUUCGGAGGACGGUGGGACAAGACUGCCCUGACUUACAAGAUCAUGCGCAUACCCUGGCAAAUGAAUAAAGAGCAGGUUCGUCAGGUGCUGCAGGAUGCACUGAAGGUCUGGAGUGAUGUCACACCUCUCACCUUCACCGAGGUCCCCAGUGGCAAGGCCGACAUCGUCAUCGACUUCAACAGGUACUGGCAUGGGGAUAACCUGCCCUUCGACGGCCCAGGCGGCAUUCUGGCGCAUGCCUUUUUUCCCAGAACACAUCGGGAGGGGGACAUCCACUUUGACUAUGACGAAACCUGGACAGUGGGUAACAAUAUGGGCACGGACCUGCUGCAGGUGGCGGCCCACGAGCUGGGUCACGUCCUGGGCCUGCAGCACUCCCUCGUCCCCGGCUCGGUCAUGUCCCCCUUCUACAGCUUCUCCUACCCGCUGCGUCUCAGUGAGGACGACAUGCGCGGCAUCCAGUACCUCUACGGCUCACGCACCCCUCCCCCAGAGGAGAGGACUCCACCCCCAGUCAUCAUAGAGACCAAUGAGAUCGAGCCAGCCGUGCCUGAUCCCUGUCAAACGAGCUUUGACGCAGUGUCCGUGAUCCGAGGGGAGCUCUUCUUCUUCAAGUCCCGCUAUGUGUGGCGCAUCCGCGACGGCCGCCUGCAGCCAGGCUACCCCGCUCUGGCCUCCCGCCACUGGAGAGGCAUUCCAGACAACAUCGACGCCACUUUCGAGGACAAGACCGGGAACAUCUGGUUCUUCCAAGGUAAAAGUUACUGGGUGUUUGAUGGGGAGCGUCAGAUCACAGGCCCCGACUCAGUGAGGCAUCUGGGGCUCCAGGUGUCGGACAUCCAGGCCGCUCUGAUGUGGGGCGAAGACAAGGCCCAGAGGACCUACUUCUUCAAGGAUGGGAACUACUGGCGCUUCAACGCACAGGAGAACCGUGUUGAGCUGGCCCACCCCAGGAGCAUGCAGGACUGGAGGGGGGUGCCCAACCACAUAGAUGCGGCCUUUCAGGACAAAUAUGGUUAUGCACAUUUCCUGAGUGGAAAGAGGUACUGGAAGUUUGACCCUGUGGAGGUGCGGGCUCUGGAGGGCUACCCACGCUUCACUGGGAUGGACUUCUUCGGCUGUCCUGCGUCAUUGUAUCAUUAAAGUUGUGUAUGAGGACGAGCUCCUCUGAAGGACCACUUUGGACCCAAGUGGAAGCCUCUUGUCUAAGUCUUCCAACAUUCCAUGUUUGUUCUCGCUGACAAUGACAAGUUUCACUCCUUGAGAAUAGCGUCGGUUUUUAGAAAAAAUGGAUAUUGUUAUUUGAAAAUACAAAGUUCCAUCUGACCUGGCCACUAACUACAAAACCUUCAUUUAUUAUUACAAGACUGAAAUGGCAAUAUACAUGGUGCUGAUUACUUGUGCCAGCUUUAGGAUAGAGUGAGUAACUUUUUAGUUUGGUGGUUUCGUUUUUAAGUUCACUGAGCCUUUAUAUGAGUUCAAGUACACGUUGUAACAAUAUCAGUUGGGACAGUUUAUGCCUUGUAUUUUAUGUUGAUGUAACUGUAAGACUCGAAGGCUGUCAUGUUAGCCUCUUUGAAGUGUAGCAGUACAGCUCUACACUCUUAGAACAGAAAGGUUCAUUGGUUCAUUUUGACAGGAGAUCCUGCUGAGAACCUUCAAAAAGCUGUGUCUAGAACCUUAUGGGUUUUGUCUACACAAACACCUGCAGGCUCUACAAUGCACCUUUUUUUCUUUAAGAGUGUAGGUUUAUAUGUCUUCCACUCAGAUGUCACUCUCUCAGGAAAAGCAUAUGACAUAUGCAUAUUACGUAUUCACUGAAUAUUACUUUGAUAACCUUGUUUCAUUGCUUACUUUUAUCAUUAUCACUUGUUGUUUUACACAUAUUGGUGCUACGUUUGACAGGGAAGGUUACAUUGUACCUCAACCAUUACAUGUAUCUCUGGUGUGACAGCACACACUAGUUGUGAUCAGUACAGGGUCCGAAGCUCAUCAGGUGGUCCAUUCUACACCGAGAAUAAACUAUAUUAGAAUAGACUCAUAAACCAUGUAUAAUGCAUUUGUGUUUUAAAUGUUAAAUGUUUUGCAGUUCAAUCGUUGGACACAUGUUCUAGCCAUCUGGGGUCCUCUGGACCAAAAGCACCCCCAGCGCCUCUCUGACUUUAGCAUAAGACUACAGAGGGGGAUCUCCCACAUGCAAUGCAAAUGAACAACCCUCCAAAUAAUUUUCAUAUGUUUCUUAUGUAUAGAGAGAGAGGUGGAGAAACUGUCUUAGUCCAUUUGUGGGACCGUGCUUCUGCCUCCCGGCUCCAUAUCGUUUGCUUUUAGACUCCAGAAGGUGCAGUGCAGGACACUGAUACCAUAUUUCCUGUUCUUCGACUUCUAACUUCUUCACUUCUUCAACUGACUGCAGUGGGGUUGUGUCCACGUGACCCUGUGCCAGCAAUGGUAGUUUGGUCGGUAGAACGUCGUCUGUACAGCGUUCAUUACACUGUUGUUGCAUUCAUCGUGAUGAAUUCUUUUCAUGUGUAACUGUACAUCUCUUAUUAGGAUUUGAAGAUUAAGUAACAUAUUUACUGUGUAAAUAAAUUUGUAUAAAUUCUGUAUUAUACUUUGAUUCCAAUAAAGAAAGUC